AUUGACAUAAGUACUGCGGAAGCACCCGUGCCUAUUCAGAAGCUGGUAUGUCCCAACCCGAGGGUCUUGAAGGACGGUCAUGAUUCCAAUGCACCGUGGCGUUAGAGUGGUGCCGCGCUAACAGUUGUUAUAUGGUGCGAAGGCUUGUGGCUCAGUAUCGAAUGACAAUGCGUUUUAAUGCAUUUGUCGCUUGACUACCGAGCGACACAUUGGAUUUUUGCUUGCUCACAGGAAUAUCCCUUAUCAGAUUCCAAAGGUUUCCAGCUACGAGGAUCUAUUUUGUACUCAACAGAGCAUCGGUUGUUGUCAUUACGCCUUGACCGCGGAAAUCGAUAAAAAUGCAGCAGGAAAGCCAGAUGAAUCCUGAUGUUCCCUCAUUGUCAGUGGCACUAACAGUGCCUACAGAGAACCCUACUGCUGUCCCUGGUCCAGAGAGCUCUGUGCCCGACCCUGCCCCCAUUUCGCCAGGACCAUCUUCAGCCCGAUCGAGGAGGCCACAGAGGACCCUUCGGUUGGAACGAUCCAUCGAUGUAUCAGAGAACAAGCACCUGGCAUCUCCUACACCAAGGCAGGAGAAGCCCAGCUCUCCUUCGGAAUCUCUGAGCCAACCCAUUCACCCCUCGGGUGCAGUGGCCCAGUCCUACGCUGAUUACCCCCAGGUAGCGUCUGGACAUGUGUCUAGGCUGAGAAGCCACAUCUCGGUGAGAGCAGCCUCACUACCACAGGCUCUGUCAUACAGACCUCAUCCUGCAGAGCCCAGCCCUCACCCUCUGAGGGCACUCUCAGUAGCUGGAACAGCUGAUACUGAGCCUCGGGUUGGGGAAGAUUUCAGAGUGCACAUAAUCACAUGGAACGUGGGGUCAGCUGUGCCUCCAGAUGACAUCACUUCCUUGUUGGGACUAAAUGUAGGCGAUGGAAACACAGACAUGUACAUUAUAGGGUUACAGGAAGUGAACUCUAUGAUCAAUAAGCGUCUGAAAGAUGUCCUUUUCACUGACCAGUGGAGCGAGGUUAGCAUGGACACACUUAGCCGCUUUGGAUACGUGCUGGUAACAUCGCAGCGAAUGCAGGGGGUGUUGCUGCUUGUUUUUGCUAAGUACUACCAUCUGCCAUUUAUCAGGGGCGUGCAGACAGAGAACACUCGCACAGGGCUCGGUGGAAUCUGGGGUAAUAAGGGUGGUGUGAGUGCUCGUAUGAGUGUGUUUGGCCACUCAGUCUGCUUCUUGAACUGCCACCUGCCGGCACACAUGGAGAACUCAGACCAACGCAUGGAGGAUUUUGAAAGCAUUCUGCAGCAGCAGCAGUUUGAAGGUCAAGCUGCCAUGGGAGUUCUGGAUCAUGAUGUUGUUUUCUGGUUUGGGGAUCUAAACUUCCGUAUUGAAGACCUGGACAUCCAGGUGGUCAAGGCAGCUAUUGAUGGUAACAGACUGUCCCUGCUAUGGGAAAAAGACCAACUGAAUAUGGCCAAAGACAGUGAGACCGUUCUGGAAGGCUUCCAGGAAGGACCGCUCAAAUUCCCUCCUACCUACAAGUUUGAUGUGGGAACAAAUACAUAUGAUACCAGUGGGAAAAAGCGUAAACCAGCCUGGACUGACCGUAUUCUCUGGCGGUUGAGGCUGAUGGCACCAGCGGCCAGCCACAUGUCCAAGCACAGCUCGGGGUCGGGCCUGACCAGUGGCACUCGGGUGGUGCAGCACUUCUACCGCAGCUACAUGGAGUACAUGAUCAGUGACCACAAGCCUGUGUCCUCCAUCUUCACCCUGCAAUUCCCAUAUAAGGUGGACAUCCCUCUGGUAACAAUCACCGUAGAGGAUGAAUGGAGAGAAGUGGCCGAUGCUGUUGCCAAAUUCAAGGUAGCCCCCAACUACUCCAGAAGUUCCUGGGAUUGGAUCGGACUUUACAAGGUUGGAUUUAAACAUCAUAAGGAUUAUGUGGGUUAUACCUGGGCUAAACAAGAAGAAUCUGAUUACCUAAGACAAGAACAUCAAGCUACAUUUGCAGAGGAAGAAUUGCCAAAAGAGUCUGGGGACUUUAUGCUGUGCUAUUAUAGCAACAAUAUGAGCUCUAUUGUGGGUAUUACAGAGCCGUUCCAGAUCUCACUGCCCUCCACUAGCAUGGCCAGCCUCAGUCCAUCCGACAGCUCAGACUUUACCUCGGAGGACGAGGUGAAACAGGUCGACUGGCACAACUCCAGCCAUGUGCAAGGCAAGCUGGGCAGCAGCAGCAGUAGUCGGAGCCCCACACCCACAGAGGGAGAGGGGCCCAGCUCCCGCAAGCUCCAAUCCAGACACACCUCACCACAUUCCUUCCCUUGCACAAAGGUUGGCAGCACAGCCAAAGCGAGCAACACACUAGGUACCCAAGACGAUGGCUCAGACUCAGUGAAGACCGCCGGUAAGCCUCGGGAGCCCUGAAAUCCUGUCUCUGUGGGAUUGUGUAUGCAUAUGAAGACCUGGUACUGGAUUUAUACGCCUCCUAGGGUGUACUCUAUAGGUAGUGUGCUCCACUACCUAGGUGGGCUGGUGGGAUUCUCAUGAGGUUUUGUGAUGUCUGUGUACUUUUACUGUAAUGUGAAGUUGUUCAUUGUGUGGAGACAUUGUCUUACAUAUUGCAGUGCAAAGAUAAGCAUCUAGUGAGUAGCUCCCUCCACAGGAAUUGGGAGACUGGCUUUUUUGUCUUAGGAAGCAGAGUUUUUGUCUGUUUAGCAGUACCCUGAUGCCACAUCAUAUGCACAUUUUUUAAUUCCUCCUUUUCCUGUCUUUGAAAGAUGGAACUUAAAAAUGCAAUAGACAAAAAGUAGUAAAGUGAGAGGCACACCAACACAUGAGAAUUCCACUCUUACUCUUCGGUUUAUUUCAGUUUCUGCUCUUUUGUUACAUUGAGUUGAUCUGUGCCAGUGUGUUCCCAGACACUGAGAAAUGAGAAUCUGCCAGGUUUAAAAUUCUAGGACAGCCAAACUGGCUUUGCUGACUACUGUACAAAUAAGAUCAGGAUUUGGUGCCAAGAUACAUCCACAAGUUCCUGUUGCAAAAUUAUGACAAGACUUCUCUAAGGCAUUGCUCUGGUAUUGUCUUGUAUGUUUUAUACUAAUAUGGGAAAGCAUAGCCUUAAACUGUUCUACUGAAAGAACUUAAUUAAUUAUAGUAUUUAUUGAUUUUUGUCAUAUGCUCAGAUUUAUUUUGCUAUAGGUCUUUCACCUUAAUUUUGUGGCAUUAGCUUGAUAGGACAUUUUAAUCAGCUAAUUAUUUCCUUACAACAUUACUGCUGUGUUACAGUGUUCUUAUUACAGUGUGUUCUCUAAAAAACUAUGCCUGAAGUCCCUUACUAAUUCAUGACCCUCUCAUAAGGUGACCUGCAGAGUCAAAAUUGCAAUGCAAAUGAAAUUUGAGAACAUUACAGCCUUUAAUGAGAAAAACUUUACAAAAAGAAGCAUGUAAAGAAUGCUGCAUUUGUGUUAACACAGCAGGGAAACAUGUCAGUGACUUCACAUUAGCCACAACACAUUAACCAAAAUAUUUUCAAAACUCUGCUUUUGAGGUUACUCCAACCAGACAUACUCAUGGCCUCUAGGGGUUAAAGCUAUCUGCAGGGAAUCAAGUAAGUCAACAAAGCAUUUGCUGAUAAUUUGUAUACCCCUUUGCCACAAACUACUCAAAGAGCCAUUGUUAAUACAAAGUGCAGGUCAUAUAAAUAUAGUUAAUACCAGGUGUGGGCCAUAUAAAUAUAGUUAACACUGUGGGUCAUAAAGCAUUUACAUUCAUGUAUUAUUGACAAUGACAUGAGACAUUGUGUUCAUUACCAUUUCACGUAAUAACUUUCUUUGAGGUAACUUUUACUAGCAGCUGGUAGCACUUCCAUUGUGAACAACCUCAAAUGCAAUGUUUUUGAAAAUGGUUUUUGUUUUGGUUAAUGAUUCUGUGUUGUGGCUUAAUGCUAAUGUGAUGCCACUUUUUGUUAUUUUUAAAAUGCUUUAUUUUUGUCAUGUUGUUCUGGCUUAUUUCAGUAUUCUACUUUUUAUUUUGCUUUUGUGAUUUAUCUUUCUGGGCCACCAUACAGGACAACUAGAAAUGUAACAGGACUUAACUGCAUGAAGCAACUGGGUAGAAUCCCAGCUGGGUGUUAAUUGUACAAGAAUUUUAGCAAAUAGAAAACCUGAAAAUAGUUUUUAAAGCAAAAAUCCUAGGUUUAACACAUAAGGGAAAAUGGGGUGUUAAGGCACCUUAAUAAAGUGCUGGAGUUUGAUGCUCGUGAUUUGUUAGUUCACAAGAGAACAAUGAGUUCAAGAGGAGGAUGGGAAGUUUGGCUUUAUCUUUUUUAUCUGUAGCUUGAUAUGGAUAGAGUUACACGGAUAGAGAGACUAAGUCUCUCACACCUCUAAAUUAAUUUAAAUUCAAAGGUUUGCAAGCACGUUUCAUCAGUUUUCAUGCUUUGUUAGCUUUGAGCCUUAGUCUGUAUCAUACUGUACUGUAUCACCACACUAACUGUGGCAGGAAUCCUAGGGUAUUCUGUGUUGUUUAGAGUUUUCUAGGAUUUGAUCUCUGUGAUAAACUUUUUUCUCUUCUCGUCUCGUCUCUUCUCUUCUCUUCUCUUCUCUUCUCUUCGUGUUCACAGUACUGUCUCCAGUAGUACUGGAGUCAGAGUAGUAGCUAGUGAAUCUCGGCCCAGUUUUGGAUGUUUUGUGCCAUGGGUACUUAGCUUUUUGACAGUGUGCUGUCUCUUUAUACUGUGAUGGUAGGAAUGUAUGAGAGAGUGUGUAUGUAUUUGAAUGCUUAACUGUAUGGCAUGAUUUGGGGAUAUUGUGCUAUCAGGCUCCUUUUAAUAUUGCAGCGACAGAAAUAGAAACGAUGAAAUAGCAAAUGACUUUCGACUCUUUAAUUAAGGACAAAUCAAAUUAAUAUUAAUAGAAAUAAGGUGCUCUUUAUGUGGUAUUAUUUAUUGCCUUUUCAAUGUUUAUAUAAUUUUUAUGGUAAUGCAGUGUAAUUAAAGUCAUUUUAACAUAUCUUGAAAUAGACCAGUGAAAAACUUUGUUAAACAGUUUGGAGAACUCUAUGACAAAUUUGCUAGGAUUUAACUGCAAUUUACAGACAUUUUGUAACUUUUUGAAAACACCACUAAUUGUAGCACAAUUCUCUCUCUGAGACCAACAGUACAUUUUCAACUACCAAUUAUUUUAACAAACUUAGUUUCCACAUUCAUUUUAGAUAGGAUGUUGCAAUACGUUGAUUAAAGACCACUCAGGAUGUCUGCAAUAAAUUGCAACUCUUAUGGCACAGGACUCUGUUACACUAAAGGGUACACAGGUACAAUCCAUUUUCCUUGUUACGCUUUUGUUUGUUUCUUGAACAAAGCUGCUAUAAUAUUUCUAAAUUAAGGAAAUUGGGAAAUUGGAAAUUGAGCAUCUUUCAACCACACUUCAGUAAAAUAUUAUAUAUUUAUGUAUACUAUAAUUAUUGAAUGAUAUUUCAUUUGGUCAGAUGUCUGUGUUUAGACAAUAUAUAAUCUAACACAAAAUAUUCAAGACUGAAAAUGCCAGAAUAUUGGAAUUAGAAAAAAAAUCUGAUUGUAUAGUCCAUUUAAAUGUAUCCAUAGGAUGUAUAGAAUAAUAGAAAGCUUUUUUCUUGUUACUAUCAAGGACAAACAAAGUGUAAAGUAAUUUGAAAUAUUUCCCUCAGUUCUGCAUUUCUUGCUAUCAAGGGCACCUCUUGACAACUUUAACUGUUCUUCUGUUUUAAUUGUUUAAGAACUGGACCUGUUUUAUUUAGAAUUUGAGUUACCAGUCAAUGUACUGGUACUUUCUGGUAACCCAAGACCAUGUCUAUUCAUCAGACUGGUUCUUUCUAUGGUUAUAGAGCAUUGGGUGAGGGCUGUUGUUUUGCUUUAUAUAAAGUUAAAUGUGAAAGAGCAUAUUUGCAAGGAACAUAGAGUGUAAGGAAUGAUAUUGUUGACAUGAAUGAGACAUUAUAUGUUUAUGGAAUAGAUUACAGAUGACAAUCACUGCCAGAAAUAUAAUAUAUUGUAUGUAUAUUAUCUGCAUUAAUUUAUUUUUUCAUUUAAAUAUAUAUAAUGUAUGUAAAUUGUCAUUCUGCUGGUCAAGAAGGCUGCUAAAGAGGAUGCUUUUAAUUGAAAAAGUUAACCACCCAAUUUGUAAAUUUUCUCAAUUAAAUAUUUAAAUUUUUGAAUUAAUGUAUUUCUUUAUGUCUUACUCACAGCUUGAAUCAUCUUGCUGUAAUUUAUUUUUUAGGAUUUACUUUAUUUUAAUUUUUCCUUGAGCUAUAUAACUUUUUGUAAUUUAUUGGUCAACAUAUUCACUUGAUAAACUUGUGAAGGUUGUCUUGUGAAGGAAACCAUCUGGCCACUGUUGUCCAAACACCAAUGUCCAAUAGAAAAUAAAUCCACGUGGAAUAGUA